GAUGUGCGCGAGUAUGUUAUGAUCACGAUUUAAUACCUUUUGUGAGCCAUAUCAAGCCAAGCUUCUGUCAAGCAUACAAGUCGAUCGAUAGCCCGCUAUAGUCGAUUGUAGCGCGUUAAUUGUGUUUUUUGUGUUUUUAUUUUGGAACUUCCCAUAUUUCCCCGCCUUCAAUUUGUGUCAUUAUAAUAAUCUAUUGCCAAAUCUUUCAACACUCGGUGGUUUAACUACCGCGGGAGGUAUUUUGAAAAAAUUACCUUGCUUUCAACCCUCAACCGUUAUCCUUGAAAAAAAAAAAAAUCAUUGUGACGUGAAGAGUAGUACAAUUCUUUUGUUUUAUUUUGAAUUUUUUUUGUAUGCGAAUCGCGUAUCAUCUCCGUUUGAUUGUCAUUUAAAGUUUCCGUAUCGGAAUGCUAAAUACGGAAAGUUACUAUACAGUUGUAAGCUAAGUUAAUCAUCGCCUGUCUUUAUAAAAAAAAACGUCUUGAGUACGAGUACGAGUUACUAGAGAAAAAAAAAGAUGGUUAGCAGUACGUUGAAGAUAACUGAAAAACCGCAAGGUACCCUAAAAUACCCCAAAUCGGUAGGAUUUAUUAUUGGAAAUGAAUUUUGCGAAAGAUUCAAUUACUAUGGCAUGCGCACAAUAUUGGUGCUUUAUCUUACGGAUAAGCUAAAAUAUGGAGAAGAUCAAGCAACAGUUCUAUUUCAUGUAUUUACAAGUUUGGUCUAUGUCUUUCCACUGAUUGGAGCCGUCUUGGCUGAUAGUUGGCUUGGAAGAUUCAAAACAAUUUGGUAUUUAUCAGUAGUGUAUACCUUUGGAGCUGUUGUAAUUGCAUUGGGAGCUGUACCGCCACUUAAUUUGCCUGUAAAAGAGGCAACUGUGAUAGGUCUUCUUCUAAUUGCCACUGGUACCGGAGGUAUUAAACCUUGUGUAUCAGCUUUUGGUGGUGAUCAAUUCAAGAUUCCCGAGCAGGCCAAACAAUUGGCAACUUUCUUCUCACUCUUCUACUUUGCCAUCAAUGCUGGAUCACUAAUUUCGACAACAAUUACACCAAUUCUUCGAGCUGAUGUCCAUUGUUUCGGUGAUAAGGACUGUUUCUCUCUGGCUUUUAGCGUUCCAGCAGUUUUAAUGGUUCUCUCCUUGGUAAUCUUCAUUGCUGGAAAACGUUUGUAUGUUAUCAAACCUCCAUCAGGAAAUAUGAUUCUUGGAGUAUCUCAAUGCAUUUCUGAAGCUAUCAAAGGUCGCCUUAGAGAAGGCAAAAAGACACCCAGUAUUCAUUGGUUAGACUAUGCCGAAGGCAAAUGUGGACGCAAACUUAUCGCAGAUACCAAAGCCUUGUUGAAAAUUCUCGUUCUGUAUUUACCACUUCCGGUCUUUUGGGCACUCUUCGAUCAACAAGGUUCUCGUUGGACUUUUCAAGCUACCCGAAUGGUUGGCGAUAUUGGUGGAUUCACAAUUAAACCAGAUCAAAUGCAAGUCAUCAAUCCAUUGUUGAUCUUAGGUUUCAUUCCACUUUUUAACUACAUUGUCUACCCAGUCUUGAGCUUAGUCGGAAUAAGAAGGCCUCUACAAAAGUUAACUUUAGGUGGAUUAUUAGCUGCAGCUGCAUUUUUGCUAUCAGCUUUUGUUGAACUUGAAUUAGAAGGAAUGGAUCCUAAAUUACCGGGUCUUCAAGAAGCUCAAUUGAGAAUUUAUAAUGGAAUGCCUUGUAGUUACAACUUUAUGAGUUCAGUGCCACUUAAGGGGAAUUUAUCGGUACCAAUUAUGGGAGUGCUGGAAGAGAAGGAUUUAAUCGUUGCCAACUCGAUGGCCUAUAACUAUACAGCUUCUUCAAGUGAUCCUAAUAAAUGUCCUUCCUUUGUGGGAGAGUUUAAUCUUCAUCCGGGAAAAGCAACAAGCUAUUUUAUUGGAACUAAUGAAGUUCAGGAAUUUGAAGAUGCACCCGGAAAGCCUAAAUCUGGAGAAUCGGCAUUAAGAAUAUUGAUGAAUAUUCCUCAGGAUGAAGAUCAAUCGAUAGUCCUUAAAGGUGUGGAUUUUUCUGUGAACAUCAACAAAACACAAACAGAAAUGUUACAUCUUGCUGCUGGAAUGUAUUCACUGACAGUUGAUGGUAUUGAAGUGGCAUCACUGAAAUGUGAUAUUGGAGGUGUGACGGUUGUUGUUGUGGAGGGAAGCCAAGAUAAAGGAUAUUCUGCUUCCUUACACACUCUUGUGGAAGCUAAUUCCUUGCACAUAAUGUGGCAACUACCCCAAUACGUUGUAAUGACAGCUGCCGAAGUGAUGUUCUCUGUGACAGGCUUGGAAUUCUCAUUUACUCAAGCCCCAGCGAGUAUGAAAUCUGUUCUGCAAGCUUGCUGGCUUCUAACAGUAGCUUUUGGUAAUAUCAUAGUCGUGGUAAUAGCUAAGCUGAAAUUCUUUGAUUCGCAGGCUCAAGAAUUUAUACUUUUUGCCGCAUUCAUGGUUGCCGAUAUGUUGAUAUUUAUCGUCUUAGCCAUGCGGUUUAAGUAUAUUGAUCAAAAUGAUGAUUCCGAUAUUGAAGAAGAUGCAGGACAUCCAAAUCCAGCGGAAUCUCAAGUUGGUAGCAAAAAAGAUAUUGGUCAUUCGAAUGAUGCCUUUCAGUCAGACAAGUAAAAAUACUUGAAUGGAAUUAUAACUAUGUAAAAGGGCCCUGUUACUUAGGAACAUUAUUAUACUGAGUUAGUUGUUCUCAAUUUAUUUUUAUUAUUUUUA